AGUUGGGCCAAGCCAGGAUGAGGACAGCACUGUGUGUAGCUACUGUUGUGCUGGGAGCACUGGCAAUCUGCUCGAUCCAGGAUGGUGUUGCUGCUGCACCAGCCAGCUCUGUGACUAUCGAUUGCUGUGAGAACUUUAAGACCACUCGCAUUCCUCAUAAACGGCUCGUAAGCUUCACCAGGACAGUUGGCUGCUCCACUCCCUCCAUCAUCUUCACAAACAGGAGGAAGAUGAGAAUUUGUACAAGAGCCAGUGAGAAGUGGGUUCAAAAUGCAGUGGCAUAUCUGGAGAAGAAAUUGGGGAUUGAAAGAGAAGAACCCACUGAAAGUACAACCUUUCAAUCCACAGGAAACAUGCAGAGUGUUGAACUGACUGAUGUUACACUGGGAGACAGGCAGAAUGGAGAAUCUGCUUGAAGAUUGGAUCCACAAACUGCUUCUCUGAUCACUUGCGAUAUUCCUAUUUCUGUGCUCACUAAACUGAAAGAUUGUAGACUGUAACAAACUAAUUUUCCCCAUGUCUACUCCAAUCAUCAAGCUGAGUGACAGCUGUUCAUGGUACAGAGGGAAAUGUGGUUGGAUGCCAAUGGGAGAGACUGAGGGAACAGUCAGUCUGGUGUAGGACAACAUUCCAGCAAAUGUCCAGCUAAUCCCAGGAUCAUCCCAGAGGCUGGAGCUCAGCAGAGACAGUCAGUCUGUGCCCUUGCUGUGGUUUGUUUGGCCAUCCCCUUCAACCACACUGGGCAAGGUGUAGUUUGCACAAUUUCAACUCCAACUCUCUCAAAUGAGGUUUGUGAGGGAUCACAGUGGGGUGGGGUUCCAUCUCUGAGGCUGGGGUGUGUCGGUCAGUCUGUGGGCUUGAGAGUUGGAUCAGAUGCUUGGGGGUGGGGGUAGGCCAGACACUUAGGGUGUUGAUGUGAGUAUACUCUGGGUAUGUUCAUGAGGGUCAGUCUCUGGGGCUGGGGUAGGUUGGCCUUUGUGGGUGGGGCCUUGGUGGUCUCUGAGGGUGAUGUGUGGGUUUGUGUCUGGAUUUGGGGGUGGUCAGUCUUUGUGGAUGUGGUCUCUGUCAGACUGUCUCAAGAGCCCAUUCUAAUUCCAUUGGAAAUCUGGGAGUGGUUGUGAUUUUUCCCUUUCCGCUCCCUUAUUGCCUCACCGAAUUCCCAGCUCCUGGCUUUCAUCCAUUGAA